UCUCAAUUACAGGAAAUGAUUGAUGUUAUCGAUCAUCUACAAAUUGCCCUGCACGAUAAAGAGAAAGCUUUGACCGAAUGCCAAGAACGUAAUCGUUUCUUUUGUCAGAGUAUUGCCCGGCUCCAGCAAGAGUGUCAUACCAAAGAUGCCCUAGUCGUUGAAUUGCAGAAUGAAAUUGAUAAAUUCCGUCAGGUGGUCAAGCCGUUGACUCAGGUUUUCCUCCAGCAUCACAAAACGGAAUGUGAUGAUAUAAAUUGUAAUAUUGGCAUGGAAUCGACACGAGUCCUGCCAUCGGAAUACAAACGCAUCAAACGUCAGGGAUGCAGUGCUGAGCCAUUAACCAAUUUGGUCGAGGCCGAGGAUAAGCUGAUGAAGAUACCCAAAUGUGCAAAAUCACGUGAACUUAUUAAAUCUGCCAUUUUGGAUAAUGAUUUCAUGAAGAAUUUGGACAUAACGCAAAUCCGGGAAAUUGUCGAUUGUAUGUAUCCGGUUAAAUAUGCAGCCAAGAGUCUCAUUAUCAAGGAGGGCGAUGUCGGCAGCAUUGUUUAUGUUAUGGAAGAUGGCCGUGUGGAAGUUUCCCGUGAGGGCAAAUACCUUUCAACCUUGUCGGGAGCCAAGGUUUUGGGUGAAUUGGCCAUUUUGUAUAAUUGUCAGCGUACCGCCACAAUUACCGCCAUAACAGAAUGUAAACUUUGGGCCAUUGAACGACAAUGUUUCCAAACGAUUAUGAUGCGUACCGGUCUAAUACGUCAAGCCGAAUAUACUGACUUCCUGAAAAGUGUGCCCAUAUUUAAAAAUCUUCAGGAAGAUACUCUCAUCAAGAUUUCCGAUGUAUUGGAAGAAACUCAUUAUCAACAGGGUGAUUAUAUAGUACGCCAAGGGGCAAGAGGUGACACCUUCUUCAUUAUAUCCAAAGGCCAGGUACGAGUCACAAUCAAACAACCCGGCACUCAGGAAGAGAAAUUCAUACGAAUUCUCAGCAAAGGUGAUUUCUUUGGCGAAAAGGCCUUGCAAGGGGAUGAUUUACGUACAGCCAACAUCAUUUGUGAUUCACCUGAGGGUGUAACCUGUUUGGUCAUCGAUCGUGAAACAUUCAAUCAGCUGAUAUCGAAUUUAGAUGAAAUCAAACAUCGUUACGACGAUGAAGGUACCCUUGAGAGAAGAAAGAUCAAUGAAGAAUUCCGCGAUGUCAAUCUUACCGAUCUCCGUGUCAUUGCCACACUUGGUGUUGGCGGUUUUGGUCGCGUUGAAUUGGUACAAAUCCAUGGCGAUGGUAGCCGUUCAUUUGCCCUGAAACAAAUGAAAAAGGCACAAAUUGUCGAAACCCGUCAGCAGCAACACAUCAUGUCCGAAAAGGAGAUAAUGGGCGAAGCCAAUUGUCAAUUUAUUGUUAAGCUCUUUAAAACAUUUAAGGAUAAGAAAUACUUGUACAUGUUAAUGGAAUCGUGCCUUGGCGGUGAACUAUGGACCAUAUUACGUGAUAAGGGAAAUUUCGAUGAUUCCACAACUAGAUUUUAUACGGCAUGUGUUGUUGAGGCUUUCGAUUAUUUGCAUUCGCGCAACAUUAUCUAUCGUGACUUGAAACCGGAAAAUCUCCUGCUGGACGAGAAAGGUUAUGUGAAGUUGGUUGAUUUCGGUUUUGCCAAGAAACUGCAAUCGGGACGCAAAACAUGGACCUUCUGUGGCACUCCGGAAUAUGUUGCACCGGAAGUUAUAUUGAAUCGUGGUCAUGACAUUAGUGCUGAUUACUGGUCAUUGGGUGUAUUGAUGUUUGAAUUGUUGACAGGUACUCCACCAUUUACCGGUUCGGAUCCCAUGCGUACCUACAACAUCAUUCUAAAAGGCAUUGAUGCCAUUGAAUUCCCCCGCAAUAUUACAAGCAAUGCCCGCAAUCUUAUUAAGAAGCUGUGUCGUGACAAUCCUGCUGAACGUUUGGGCUAUCAACGUGGCGGUAUUAGCGAAAUUCAAAAGCAUAAAUGGUUUGAUGGUUUCUAUUGGUGGGGCUUACAAAAUCGUACUCUAGAGCCACCAAUCAAGCCCACAGUUAAAAGUGUAACGGAUACAACUAAUUUCGAUAACUAUCCUCCUGAUCCAGAGGGACCACCACCAGAUGAUGUCACCGGAUGGGAUAAAGAUUUUUGAACCGAACAAUUUGUUGAAAAGUGA